AUGGGGCCGCGGAAACGGGAUCGCUCCAAGACGCCGGAGGUGCCAUGGGAGCUGCUACCGAACGGCAACUCCAUUGGCGUCCACGCAGGUCACUCGCGAUCAAGAUCGCGCGACCGCGCUGCCAACGGCAAGAACGGCCACGCGCGGGCGCCCGCGCCCGCGCCCGCGCCGGACCCGGCGUUACUGGCAGCGCAGGCCGCCGAAGUCGAACGAGAUGCUUGGAGGAGGCUGGUGAUUCUCUUGGCCCAACUGAAGGGCGAUCGAAAGGUGGAGCAACUGCUGAGGGAAAAACAUCCUGAACUCCUUCAGGUGGCCGACCGAUGCGGAGCUUCAAGCAAGGCCGCCAGCACACUGCACGCCGCCAAAGAUGCUGCACGAGAAUGGUUCUCACGAGGGCUGAGAGGGAGCAAUCAACAUGGUCCUGCUGCGCGAGCCAAGCUGUGCAAACAGCUGAUGCUGCAACUCCUGGAGCGGGCCUCGCAACUCUGCAGCGGGGUCUCUGGAAGCCACGUGGAGGACGUCUUGGAUCGAGGGCGGCCAACCGAGGAAGGCCCUUUGGUCUGCUCCUUGAUGGCCCGGGAACUGCGCGGUAGCCGCUACGAAGGGCUGUGGAUCUCCUGGAAGGGUCCAGCUGGACACUAUUACCUGGGAGACGAGCAGGAAGGGCACAACCUCCCAACCACCGACAAGGACGGGGAUCCCAUUCAUCCACGUGUCCAUGCAGUGGUGAAGGUGGUUAGUGACCAGUUGGUCAUCAGCGGUUUCUUCCUGGAUCCAGAUGAUGACACCAUGAGCCCGGCCAAGGUGCCAAUUGGGCCAUUCCUCAGUGUUUAUUUCGAGGGCAUGUCCGUACGUGAGGCCUCCAACGCCUGGAAGAAUGGCCCACCCAAGCGGCCGGCCACGCCCCGCCUGGCACCGGCACCGGUACCGGUGCCAGCCCCGGUGCCGGCAAAGCAAGGUGUUCACAUGGAUCCCAAGCUCCAGGAACUUCAGGCCGGUCUCCCUCCCGGCUGGGAAGUCCGAGAAAGUCGGUCGAAGAGAGGCAUGUACUUCUUUGCUCAUCCUGCAUCUGGACGAUCGCAAAUGGAGAGACCAAAGGCUUAG